UCUUUGAGGAUCGGAAAAUCGAGUCAGAUCAAGUUGGCCGAACGUCCGUUCGGUGAUCAUGGGUGAUGCGAACCGGCAUGAGACAACUUUCAAAAUUCCCCUCUUUGUAAAAACAUGAAGUAUUUAGCGCGUAUACAAAGUAAACAUCCGUUUGAAUUAUCGUUGUUGUCUAAAAAUAAAUCACUUUUGCUUUCCCUUAAAAGAGCAGACGAAAAAUCUUACUCGCAUAAAGGUUUCCGAUUUGUGAAGGGAAGAGUGACAAUUGAGUGAGAUUAACAAUGAAGUAAAUCUUAUUGACUAAAAAAACACUUGAAUAUUUGCAACGAAAGAUCUGUUCAUUAAAACGUGAAAAACAUACGCCCUCUUCUUAACAGUAAGUGGGUUUCGACGAGAAGAGAACCUUCCUUAAGUCACUAGUCAACGAUUUGCUUGCUGUGUCUGAAUCCUUUUAUCGCUAAAGAAGAGGUCUUUGUCCAUUAGUAUUGCUAAUUUAUCAAAGCAAACCAUUUAUAAUCUUCGAGAUGAAGGUCUUCUGGGCGGUGAUCUUGGUUAUCGAAUCUGUCUUGAUAAUCACCGGGAAUAUCAUGGCAAUAAUAGUUUUUCUCAAGAAGAAUUUCGCUGUGGCAAGGUCAUCAUACAUGCUGGUCAACCUCACUAUUGCCGAUGUCCUCGUUGGAGUAGCCGUGUUUCUGACCUUUCUGGAAUUGACUUUCUCCAGUCAAUACAUGUUCUCAGCAUGCAUCGGAGAAACCGUCAAUCGAGUUGCUCAAAGCGUGUCUCUUUUUGCCAUGUUCGCAUCCUUGGUCUCGAUGGCACUAACCGCGUUGGAAAGAAUGAUGGCUAUACUAUUCCCUUUUCGUUUACGAAAUGCGAAAGACUUGCACUAUGCUGUUGCUAUUGCCAUAUCUUGGUGUUUAUCGGUUCCUUUCGUGUUCCUACGUCUCAUCAACGUCUGUUCCGAUACGAAAGCAAGAAAAGUGACAAAUCGUUUACUGUUAAUCCUUCAAGCAGUGGCCAUCAUUACAAUCAUAUUGUCAUAUGCCGCCAUUUUUGUCAAGGUGAGGUUUUUCCCGGAAUUUCAGUCUUCUUCAUCGAUGAAAAAAAACAUCAGACUUGCCAAAACGUUGAUGAUGACGGCUGCCAUCGCCAUUCUCACAUGGAUGCCAAGAUUUGCUGGAAAGAUCUUCAAGGAAGUCAGUUCCAGUUUGCAAGACAUCGAUGUGUAUCUCACACUGUUGGUAAUAAUUUACAGUAAUUCCUUCUUAAAUCUCUUAGUCUACGCUUGGCGCAUCCCAAACUUCAGUAAAGAGAUAAAGAAGCUGUUUAAAUGGGGAUGGUUUUCCAGAAAUGAAGUGGUACCUUUCACUGCUUCCCAGUCACCCCAGCCUUGUCAACCUUACUGCCAAAAGCAAAUUGCUGAGAGCGAUGUUAAGAACAAUGAUCUUCCGCGUAUUAAACUUAAGUCCAACGAAGUGUCUAAACCGAAUGGAGGAGAACCAUAAAGUCCUGCAGUGAAAAUCUCGGUGAACUGCUAAAAGAAACGCUGCUUGUAAAUAUCUAAUGCUAAACGACACUCAUUGUGCCAUAAUCAUUGGAUCAUCUCAUGGAUCCUGAUUGAUUCAGAUUAUAUACUUUAUAGGAUAGAGUUUUUAACUUGUUUUGAUGCCGAUUGUAGGAAGGUGCAUGAAUAGGAUAACAGGAGGAGUCGACGGAGUUUGUUCUUCUAAAUAACAGUUCUUGUACGAAGUUUUCCCUGGGAAAGGGAUUUUGAGCUAAAUUGUUGACAAUCUCACAAAGCAAAUGUGGCGCCCCUUCCUUCUUUAAAAUAUUUUUGUUCCUGCCAAACCAAGGCAAACAUUUUUAUGGUCAAAAACGGCUAAUAUUUUUAGAAAGUAUUCCUUGCCUGGAGAGUUCUCAUUUUCCAGAAUUUCUCUCUGGCAACUAGUUGUUACUUACAGCUCGCAGACACAUUUCUCCCAGGAACCCGUCUAGCUGCUCCUGCUAGGAUAAGAAUUCUUAAACAGCUUAUAAUGUUUUAUACUGGGUGAGGAUUUAUGCAUGCGAUGGAUAGUGCUUUGUGCUCUUUAGUGCUAUGCACUGUUAAUCCCGUGUCUUCUACGCGAACCGGCAAAAAAUCUUUAAUCUCAGUUGUACACAUUCAAAUUUAUGAUUAAAGGAGUUUAGUUGCACAGUUUUGUCGUCUGUUAUUCAUAUUUGUUAUAUAUGUGGUACUAUACUUCAAGUUAAUCCCCAUAUGCGAGAGAUAAUACGAAUUGAGGUCCGAAUUUGGGGAGGACACAUAGUGCUCAAAAUGAAUUUUAUAUCGAGUGAAUGAAAAUUAUAAGUAGUGUCAUUUAUUUAAUAACUCUGUAUGGACGAGAGUGUAUAGCUAUCAACUCAAGUCAAAUUUUCAGGAUAAAGUAGAAUGUUUGGAGGGGUUAACCUGCGCAUGUGUGAAGAAAUGAAGGGAACAUCAUUCUCUUCUUCUAUGUAUCACCCAUUUUUCUGUCAUGCAUUCCCGAACUAGAAAACCCGUCCACAUAUGCUAGACUGAGAAGUGUCUACUCCAUGAGAGACAUGGAAGACUCGGGCAAAUAUGGACAAUUUGAUAUAACUUGCUUUUCAUCCAUAACGUUGAUUGUAUGUAUUUGACAGUUAAAUGGAAGACAAGCCAAGUUACUUUUGAGGGGUUAGAGCGGACAUCGUACGACGGUGCAAUUUCGGGCCGUCAAGGAGAAGUAAAAACUUGGAUCAGAAUUUUUGGCUUAACUAGGCGAGACUCCCUGUCGUGUCCAUGCUACUUGCCUUUGCACUGUCGUAGGAAAUCCACUACUGUCGCUCACGUUUGUGGUCGAGGUUUUUGUGAUUUCAAUCAAUAAAGUAUUGACGAACAUUAUCAUUAGCAUGUUGGAGGUGAUCAUGAAACGAGAGACCAAGGCACUCUACCAGAGGUGAAAGGAUUUGCAGUAUUACCAUAUGUCCAAAAUGUAACAGAGAGAAUCAGCAGAGUCCUAUCACAACAUAACAUCAGAGUAGCGAGUAAACCAGUUAAUACCAUUAGACGCAUGAUAUCAAGACCAAAAGAUAAGCUUGAAGACUCAAAGAAAACCGGAGUCGUUUAUAAAAUCCCUUGUGCUGACUUGUCCUACAGUUUAUAUUGGUGAAACAGGGAGGUCGCUACAAACACGACGAACAGAACACCAGAGAAGCGUGAGACUGGCUUACACCGAUAAGUCUGCCUUAUCCGAGCAUGCCAACACCCUACAUCAUGAUAUUGACUGGGAUGGGACUGAAGUACUAAGAACAGAACCUAGAUGGCAUCAAAGGAGGUGGCUGGAAGCCCUACUGAUAGCCAAUACCAACUCAGUCCUGUCAAACAGAGACACUGGCAGAACAAUACCAGAAACAUACAAACCAUUAUUUAAGUUUAGGCCGCUUAGGCCGAAAGCUCGGUAUUAAAAAUAUCACUAGUAAACGCAGAGGACUCAUUCAUUUUUAGAGAUUAUCAUUUAUAUUUGCUCAUCAUAAUCCCUGUUGAA